AUGCCUGUUCCUUCCUGCACUCAUACUGCCGAGAAAACAUUUAUUUCUCCACCUACCGACAACAUCAAGCGCGUGACAAAGAAGCAUGAUGCUCGCAACUUCGCACAGAAGAAACCGAUGCCAUUGGGUUACCGUGCACUGCUCGAUGGGCUGCACACCGCACCUAUCUAUGAGAUAGAAAUCCCAGAAAUGGCUGAAGACGGGCUGUGCCCGGAUGUUCAGAUAAAUGAUUUGAAGUUCCUCGGUUCCUACGACUGGACGGGGGCUGAAUCGCCCACAAUCGUGGUACCGGGAAUGCCUUGCCCAUGGACGGGCCUGGAAACACCCUUCCAGCUUGCACCUGACUCUUCUAUGGCGCACCCUCACGGAAUAUAUCGCCCUGACUUCAUGGCGCUGCCUGCGCUUUUGAGCGCCGUUGAUGCCAUGGGAACACACGUAGAUUGGCCGGACGUCGACGUCGUUGCAAACCGCGGUAGCCUGAGAAGAUUGGCAGACUGCAUGGACGACUGCCCUGCGCUUGACAAGGAGUUCCGUGUGGACGUCCAGCUCGUCGGGGAGAAGACGCUCUCCUUGCACCAAUGGACGGGCGUGGGGAGCAUGGGAUAUGGGUUUGCGUUCGAGGCGGCGACGACGCAUCGCGUGACCCACGCCUCGCUGCUAGCAACGAGCCACCAUCGCGUGAUCCAAUAUAAACUUGGUGGGCUCAGCGUCGUCGUACAGUCCGAAGUAGACGCAUGCCUUUUGGAAUCGAAUGCUGUACCCCACGGUGACAUAGAGGUGCUUGAGGAGACUGCCACUGGCUUGACAAGCCAUUCAACUCCAUUUCCCGUCGCACCGACGCUCGAGUCGAGAGUCUUCGUGGGUAGAAAGUGCAAGCAUCUGCGCGUCUUAUCCAAGAGCGGCCCCGUGAUCCCUCAAGGCUCCCUCCUCUAUCUGUCCCAGACCCCGCAUCUCUUCGUCGGCAUUCACCUCCACGGGCUAUUCGAAAAGAUCGAGCGCAUAGCAUCUCAGGACAUGGUCACCGAGCGCAAAAAGGCCACACGCAGCCUGCAGAGGCUCGUCCUCGUUCUUCGCGCUGUGCGUCAGCUGGCGAUCGAGCGGCCCAUGAGUCCUCUGAGCCUCGUGUUCCGGGAUCGGCGGCUAUGCAUGUACGAGCGAAGGUCGAGAGAGGGUGAUUUACAGGAAGAGAUGGCGAGGCGGUUCUUUGCUUGGGAUUAG